UAUUAUCAUAUGUAACACAAACUCCAGCCAGUUCGUCUAACAAGCGACAUGAAGACUUACAUUGUUGUGAUUCUGGCCAUAGCUGGUCAGCUGGUCGCCGCGGAUCCUCAACAGCAACUGGCAUUGUCGGCUGCGACCUCUGGCUUCUCCCAGAGACUGUACCAGAAGGUGGCGCUGAACAGAGAAAAUGUCGUCUAUUCCCCCUACAGCAUCCAUUCAGCACUGUCCAUGACGUCACUUGGUGCCCGCGGGGAAACUGCCACAGAAAUGGCAGAAACUCUUGGGGUCAGCUCUCUUGGUCCUGCCGUCCAUACAAUCUACAAGGAACUGAUAACACAGCUGAACUCUAAUACGGAUGUUGAGAUAAACACGGGAAACGCCAUUUUUGUCAACCCAAGGUACACGAUCGUGCCCCAAUUUAUUACCGAUGUAAGGGACUAUUACUUCGCCAAGGCAGAUAACUUUGACUUAUCUGCCCCUGGUGGCCCAGAGGAGAAAAUCAACGACUACAUUUCUCGGGCGACGAAAAACACAAUUAUGAACACCCUGGAGAAAGGUUUCAUCAAACGAAAUACAGUUAUGCUGCUGGUGAACACACUUUUCUUUAACGGUACCUGGGAGUCUCAGUUCCCCAAAUAUAACACACGUUCUGAACGCUUCUACAAGCCUGGCGGUCUAGUCACUAAGGUCGACAUGAUGGAAGGCAACUUUGAGAUCUUCUACAAGGAAGACGCGACAAACAAAGUUGAUGUGGCCGAGCUGCCGUUUAAGGGAGAACGAUUCAGUCUGUUCAUUGUAAUACCACACAAGGUGGAUGGAAUCAAUGCUUUAGAACAACUGCUGGCGACCCCUGGGAAGGUCGAUGAACUCUUCACAGGCCUAGAACAAACUUUUAUGUCUGUCAGCAUUCCUAAAUUUACCACAGAGACAGAAGUUGAGCUAAGCGAGACUUUGAUAGACCUGGGUAUGGUGAAAGCUUUUAAUUCAGCGGACUUUUCUGGAAUGGUGAAAGGUGCUAAUGUUGCUAUCGACAAAGUGAUUCACAAAGCGAAGAUCGUUGUCAUGGAAACGGGGACCGUCGCUGCCGCAGCUACCGUCGUUGCCCUGAAGGAAAGUGGGACCUCUCUCUUUUUCAAAGCGGACCAUCCUUUCCUGUACUUCAUCAGAGACAAAGUGACCGGACACAUUUUCUUCCAAGGAAAAUUCUCCGGCUAGUUAAUUAAAAACGAUGUUGUAUUGAGAAAAAUCCUAAUAAAAGUUUAACUGAAAGUCAA